AAAAUGAUCCAAAAUCCAAAUCCAACCCCGCCUCGCUUUGUUAUUUCCAGAAUGGCUCGAGUGAGAAGCGGGAGGUUCGUCAGUUCCAGUUCACGGCGUGGCCUGACCACGGAGUACCAGAGUACCCCACCCCCUUCCUCGCCUUCCUCCGCAGAGUUAAGACCUGCAACCCGCCUGACGCAGGACCCAUCAUCGCUCACUGCAGUGCGGGUGUUGGCCGGACAGGUUGCUUUAUUGUUAUCGAUGCCAUGCUUGAACGUAUCAAGCACGAGAAGACGGUCGACAUUUACGGCCAUGUGACGCUGAUGCGCUCGCAGCGGAACUACAUGGUGCAGACGGAGGAUCAGUACAGCUUCAUUCACGACGCUCUGCUGGAGGCGGUUGCCUGCGGCAACACUGAAGUGGCUGCCCGGAGCCUUUACUCCUACAUCCAGAAGCUGGCCCAGGUGGAGAGCGGCGAGCACGUCACUGGCAUGGAGCUUGAGUUCAAGCGUUUGGCCAACUCCAAAGCCCACACGUCGCGCUUCAUCAGUGCCAACCUUCCCUGUAACAAGUUCAAGAAUCGGCUGGUGAACAUCAUGCCCUAUGAGACCACGCGCGUCUGCCUUCAGCCAAUCAGAGGCCUGGAAGGAUCUGACUACAUCAAUUCCAGCUUCAUCGAUGGAUACAGGCAACAGAAGGCAUACAUCGCCACGCAGGGCCCUCUGGCAGAGACUACAGAAGACUUCUGGAGAAUGCUCUGGGAGAACAACUCUACUAUCGUAGUCAUGUUGACCAAACUGAGAGAGAUGGGACGGGAAAAGUGUCACCAGUACUGGCCCGCAGAGCGCUCUGCCAGGUACCAAUACUUCGUGGUCGAUCCCAUGGCAGAAUACAACAUGCCCCAGUACAUCCUCCGAGAGUUCAAGGUCACAGACGCAAGGGAUGGUCAGUCCAGGACAGUAAGGCAGUUCCAGUUUACUGAUUGGCCGGAACAAGGCGUGCCCAAAUCCGGAGAGGGAUUCAUUGAUUUUAUUGGCCAGGUGCAUAAAACCAAGGAGCAGUUCGGACAGGAUGGACCAAUCUCUGUUCACUGCAGUGCUGGCGUGGGCAGGACUGGAGUCUUCAUCACCCUCAGCAUUGUCCUGGAGAGAAUGCGCUAUGAAGGCGUGGUUGAUAUCUUCCAGACAGUGAAGAUGCUCCGGACACAGAGGCCAGCCAUGGUCCAGACUGAGGAUGAGUACCAAUUCUGCUAUCACGCAGCUCUGGAGUACUUAGGAAGCUUUGAUCACUAUGCAACGUAAAAGCCAUCUCUACCCCCCAGAAUCCUGUCGCCCCCACUCAACAGUCUCCUGAGCCAUAGAAACUUUUGAAAUUUGAAAAGAUGACAGCAGACGACAACAACACCAUAACUAAUUCAGACACACUUGAUCCUAAUGUAGAUUUUUAGAAGAGGCUGCCCAACCAACCAGUUGAGAAUAAUUCCAAUUCGACUAAAGAAACCUUUUGUGAAGAAUCAAGGAAAAAUUGCCCAUCAUCAAGAAAAGGGAAAUCGGAAGAAAAACCAGGCGCUGUGGCUCAAGCUGUGGGGAGGGAUUUGAUCAAAGUAUCAGACUGCUUACCUUACCUCAAGUGUUUCAAUGUGGAGGAUAUUGUAAACAUUGGUGGACAUUGCUCUGCUCAAAAAUAUUCAACGGUACCAAGCAUCAGUUCAGAAGAAGAAGAAGGCAACAGCAAAAAUCUAUGAAAGGCAGAUGGAUGUAGCCAAGAUGGGGUGACUUUCUCGUUUUUUUUUUUUUAGACAUACCCGGGUGUAAAAAUAGUAUUUCUAUCAGAACAUUUUGUGAGUGACAUCCAGAGAAAAUACAUAUUGUGGUUGCCUGUGUGAACACAAAUGGUUUUCCCAAAACUCUGUUAAGACAAAAAAAUAUAAACAGUGGAAAUGUCACUAGCAAUGAGAACAUUCCCAUUUAGCAACGGUCAACUUAACCAUGAGUUUUUAUACACUGUUAAAAACACUCAACUAUUAAAGAAUACAUCAAAUAUCUGUGUUCUUAAGAGCUAGGAGUAGGCACUGUCAGGCGGUAUGGGGAAGUAAGCAGCAACAAAUACUGUAAAAUCAGCUAGUUUCAUGAAUUGUGAAUUUGUGUAAAACCAGUAUCCCGCGCCAGGUAACCAUAGUGAUGUUCAAAAGAAUCCCAGUGUAUUUAAAAGUCCCCCAGGAGGCUCGUGUCUCAAUCACCAGAGAACGCGGGGGGGCAGAACUCGGCUGUUGCUACACACUGUGGCUGGGUCACGGUGGGAGAAAUGGCGAACGUGUCCCAUGGUUUUUUUACAAUCACUCCACUCUUUGGAACCAUUGCCUCAUGGGGCUUCAGUGUUCAAAUCCACCAUUUUGAACGAGAGAUAAAUCUGCUGGGCGAGAAGCUUUGGAACAAACAGAACAACCAAACAAAGAUUGCCACAGAUUCUGGGCUUUCUUUGUGUACAGUGACCAAUGCUCAUCAUCAAUAUUUCAAACUUUUUUUGUCUUAUGAGGAAUUAACUUUUUCUGUCAGAACCAAACAUGCUGCUUCUCUCGUGUAUGCUGUAAGUGUGACUCUUGAGGGAGAGGAAACUGACGAACAAACGAUGCCAGCUCUGCUAACCGCUAGCAUCGAGGCGGCCAUGCCUGAAAGCGCAUCCACACGACAACAUCGUCCACUGGUCUUUUCCACCUCUCCUUUUUCUUUCCCCCAGCCUCCUCUAUAAUCAUCUAUUUCAUUGUACAAGACACUCAAGAGUGGCUGAGGCUUGUUGCAAUUACACAGCUGUACGUUCAUGUGGUUGACAAACAAUUGGCCUUUAGUUCCAGUGUGUGUGUGUGUGUUUGGUAACAGGUGGAUAAACAAAGUAGUUGCUUUGGUUUUGGUCCUCUGUUUUAUAGACGAUGUCUCUGUGGAUGACACAGCCAGACCAGGCGGCCAUGUUGGAUCUCGAUGCCAUGAUGUGAUAAUGAAAUUCUUCGGUACAAGUUACUUGCACAUCCCUAAAGAAAAGAAAAGAAAGUUGAAAUGAAAACCCCAAAACAACUCCCUGUUGGAUAUGACGCACUAAUGUAUGUGUCUGAUAUAAAAAAAUCAAGCUUUUGAGAUCACCAGGUUAUCAUUUUGAAAUCAGUGCUUUGGUACAGACGAGUGUACGGAUUCUGUGGCGGUUUGUGAUGGGGGUGCACAAAAACCAGAGCGAUGGACAGAACUGUGUGUAAUCUUUUCUUAUUUCCAAAAAAGCCUUAUUGUUAAUGUAACAUUAUGAAAACAUUACUGUUGUAUUAUGACGACUUAUUUUACAUUACAUAGUAGACUCUUUAUUUUCUUUUUUGUUUAUUUUCAUUUAGUUUUUUAACAGAGAUGUUGUAUUGCAUUUGUUUAAAUUAGCAGGAAAAGAAAAAAGCUUAUUUGUUCAUAUUACGUUAAAAGACAUUCUAUUUUUUCACUGUAGGAAUGUUAAGUAUAACAUGUCUGUGUGAACGUGUGCAUAUAUGUAUAUAUACUGCACACUCACACACAUGCAUAUAUAUUUAAAUGCAGAAUAUAAAGAUAUAUCCAAACACUUAGUAUUAAUUACAUUUUCCUCCUCAUCAUCUUUUUUUAUACCAGUGCUCAAAUUAUGCAUUUUAUUAUUUUGUUUGUGUGUUUUUUGUAAUCUCAGAAACAUUGUGCGUUUGAUGAGGGAAAGGGGGGGGUGUCAAUUGUUUGCCUGAAUCCCCUGCCUCCACUCACCAUGUUUCACUUCUACCCCCGGGUAGAUCCUGUGCCGAUGAGGAUAUGCCAUUUUUAAACCUUAUGGAGAUUCUUUAUUAUCAUUACCUUGUAGGCAUUAAUAUUUUUUUUUUAAACUGUUGAACGACACCUUGGUCUACGAAAUAUCAAAUCAAUCAAAAGUUUCAUAAUUCAACUUUUGUUAGCUAUAUCAGCCUGACUUGACGUACUGUACCUUUUAUGAUCAUGUACUACGACCCUCACAGAUUUUAAGUAAAUCCAUUUAUUUAAGUUCUUUCUCUGUUUUUACUUAUUUUCCGACAUACUGGCUCAUUCAUUUUGUUAGAUAUCCACUAUGAACUAGAAUAUACCUGUAAAUAAACAAAUAUAUAGAUUAUAUGUAUUUGUAUCAUUUGACCCUCAAAACAUCAAACUUUGAGUGGAAACAGAAUCACAAAGAUUGAGGUUCUGCUCAUAUACGACUUCCUGGUGUUUGUAAAGCCUGAAAUGUUCUUUCUCCAGCCCUGCUCCCUGCUCUUUAAUUACCACUCGCUUUAUUUCUGCCUUUAAUUUCCCAUUCAAGCAGUUAAACCGGGAAACAAGCCAGCUCCAGUUCUCACACCUAUAGCCUCAAUGAGGGCACGCAAUCAGCAUCAGUGACCUGCUGGUAUCAUUUAGCCGAGGAUGGGAAGUUAGUCCACUCGCUAGCCAUUUGAAAUGCUAAUUGACCAUCAAUUCAAGGUCCUGUUACAUUCUCAUUCUCAAUGUGGACAUAAACGUCCUCCUGCCCAGGCAUUAGCAAGGGUCUACUAGAGAUAAGAUGGACUUUUUCCUCUUUCCUUACAGCAACUGGAGAGGUUUUAAAAUGAUUCUGUUUAAAUAAUUAGAACUCUAAAGACUGAAAGUCUAACAAAAAGGGAACACAAAGAUGUAGCUUCCACUAAUAAGAGAAACAAUGGACCCCCAAAGGUGUUUUUGCCUAAAAAUCCUCAGAAGGUUCCCAGCUGUCCAACUGCCUAAAAUGCCAAGGUGUUAUCCAUGAAUAUUUCAUUGGCUGAUGGACGAAUGCAGCUGUGUUAAAGGCCAUACAUAGUUCAGUUGCAACAUGACAUGUUGAUUUUUUUUUCACCUUAGAUUAUUUUUAAGCAUUGUAUAGAACCAUGCUGUGUUUUUGUUUGGCCAUAUUUUAUUGUGGGAUGCAGAAAGAAACCAGGACUCAGUGAAACAGAGCAGUGCGAUGCAACUAAGGGAAGACCAAGACAACCAAAAACUUGCUGCAAAUUCUGAUUUCCAGCACGUCACUUCUGAACAGUGGGAACCUUGAGAUGUUUCAUAAUGAACUAAAAACCUGAAGUGAAGUCUUUUUGGAACCCUAAAGGACUGGUUCAAAUGGCCCAAAUGCCAAAACUGAAACCGUGGACCGGAAAUCUUUGGAAGCUUGUGCAAUGUGUUACUCUUUUGACUUCAUGUAAAGAUGCUAGACUUUUGAAAACCGACGCCAAAUUUACUGGAAUAUGUCACCGAAUAUUUGGGGGAGGGGAGGGGACUAACAAAAAAAAAAACACUAACAAAAAAUGACUUCAAAAAGAAUAGAACAUAUACAGUACAUACCGAAAAAUGAAAAAUAACCCAAAUUCGGCUAAAUAGAUUUUCCUUUCUAUGAGGGCCAAGAGCUAUCACUUUCAAACUGUUACUUCUAACUGAAACAAUAAUUGGUUUAAAGCCACUGUGUAUGUAGAUAUGUUGACUUUGUAUUAAAGAAAUGUUGUCUGAAAA